AUGGUGAGCUUUCUGGAAGCCAAGAACCCAACUGCUCGAGCUGCAGAGUCCAUGUUGCUCGUGGGUCGAUGGCAGCUGGCCUUUUGUGGAGUCAACCGGGGCCUAAAGGUCCAGCCAGUGCUUGAUGCUUUGAAGGAAGAAUCGUUGCCUAAGACCUCAGAGAUUCAAUCCGUGAGCUUGGAGAUCUUCCAGGACUACUCCAUGAAGACGGAGAUCGUGGCGGCGGGAUCCUCCUUUGCGCGCCAGUCGCCGCUGAAGAAGCCUCCGCCGCGUGGGGAAGUGCUCAAGGAGGAGGAAGGCUUCAAGCGUUACGUCAAGGUCACCUACUUGGAUGAUGAUUUGCUCAUCCUUCGAGGCCGCGGCGCAUCGGAGGUCUAUCGGAAGGUGCCCUGA